AUGGAAACGUGUCCAAAAUUUAGGUUUUUGUUCCUGCUUCUAACGUUUUUUCCUGCUGAUGCGGAGUGGGUCAUUGCUCCCAGGAAACUCUACGAGAACCAUGACUACAGGGGACUGGAAUACAUUGCCAGAAUUCGCUCCGACAAAGAAAAUUUUACAAAAGUCAUCUAUUCCCUACAUGGCCCCGGUGUGGACGAGCCCCCAUUUAACAUUUUCGGCAUCAACUCGCAGACCGGAUAUGUGAAAAUCUACGCCAUUUUGGAUAGGGAGAAAAUUUCCUCCUAUCAACUGAAAGGUGUGGCCACGUUUAUCAAUGGAUCGCGUGCGGAGACUGACAUCCCACUUCCGAUCACGGUUUUGGAUGAGAACGAUUGUGCCCCCGUGAUCCAGCUACAGACCGGAUCAGUGAAGGAAUUAAGUACAGUCGGCACAGUUGUGAUGAGGGUGAUCGCCACAGACGCUGACCAAGCCAACACGCUGCACUCUCAGAUGUUUUACAGCAUUUUGCAGGAGAGUAAUUCUGGGGGAAUGUUUGGCAUAAACGCAAGGACCGGAGAAGUGACAGUGCUCCGGAACACACUGGACAGAGAGACUAAAGACACCUACAGGCUCACGAUACGAGCUGCCGAUUUGAACGGCCAGGCUGGGGGAAAUGUGGGAAUGGGGACGAUAGAGAUUAAAAUUCUGGACAUAAACGAUAAUAUACCGACCCUGGAAAAAGAAUUUUAUGAAGCAAGUGUGGAGGAAAAUACCAUGAACGUGGAAGUGCUAAGAAUCAAAGCGAUAGAUUAUGACUUGGAGUUCACAGAAAACUGGAUGGCUGUUUAUGAAAUAACAGAUGGGAACCAGGCUGGAUAUUUCACUAUUACGACUGAUUCGAAAACAAAUGAAGGAGUCAUCAUGAUACAAAAGGCGCUUGACUACGAGGAGCUCAAAGUGGUGAAUCUGGAAGUGUCCGUGCGAAACAAAGCCGAGUACAAUUUCGGAAGCUUUGGAGGAGGUGGCGGAGGGGGAGGAGGCAAAAGUUACCCCAUCAAAAUCAACGUGAUCAACCAGAAAGAAGGUCCUCGCUUCCAGCCCAGCGUCAAAGUGGUGACCAUCUCCGAAGACCACUCCUCCGUCACGCUCCACUCUAUCAUCAGUAGAUACGCCGCUAUAGACACGGACACAGGGCUGACCGCCACAAAUGUUCGGUAUGCAAAGAUCUAUGACGAGGACAACUGGCUGAUCAUCGAUGAGCAAACUGCUGAUAUUAAGCUCAAUAAGUGGCCGGAUCGGGAGUCCAAGUUUUUGAUCAACGGGACUUACUAUUCUAAAAUUAUAUGCAUCACAAACGAUUCUCCUUCUAAAACUGCCACUGGGACCAUUGCAAUUCAGGUGGAGGACUUCAACGAUCACUGUCCAGAACUGACCACCACCGUCCAGACCCUGUGUUUCGAGGACUCUGCUGUUUACGCCACGGCUUUGGACAAAGAUGAAUUUCCAAACUCUGCCCCGUUUGUCUUCACUGUGAUUGAAUCCAAAAGCUCUGGGAAAUGGACCGUAGAACCUCUCAAUGCAACUACGGUUAUUCUGAGGGACAACGCCAACCUGUGGCCGGGCGUGCACAAGGUGGGUCUGGACAUCAGGGACCAGCAGGGGAAAUCUUGCGGCGAGGCGGAGGUGAUGGACGUGAUUGUGUGCAAGUGCAAAGAGACGACAAAAACCUGUUCCGCCCGCACCACCAAGACCUUUGAGCUUGGGCCUUCCGGGAUCCUCAUGCUGCUCCUGCCCCUGCUGCUGCUACUAUUGCUCCCUCUCCUGCUGCUGUUCUGUUUGUGUGGAGGGGCCUCUGGUUUGGCCGAUUUCAAGGCGAUUCCCUUUGAAACGAAACAGCAGCUUAUUUCAUAUCACACUGAGGGACAAGGAGAAGACAAGGAAAUCCCGCUUCUCAACGCAGUGGAAGUGGACGGUGGUGGUGGUGGUGGUGGAGUGGUCACUAAAGAUGUGAACGCUCUGAGCGGCGGAGCAUCUCUCGGAGGAGGACGUGGAGGAGGAGGAGGAGGGAUGUUUGGCGGAGGCAUGCACACUUCCACAUGGACAGAGAACAUGGACCACCAUAACCAGUACAGCUUCUACCGCGGCGAAGGCCACAGGGACUUCUCACAGGGAGGCACGCUGGGACACGGGCACUACCUGACCCAGAGCGGAGCUGGGGUCUUCGAUGGCAUGGCUCUGUCCCUAGAAUUCCUAGAGGACUAUUAUUUAAGUAAAGCGAACUACGUAUCAAGGCAGAACGAGCAGAAGGAUGCCUUUAAGGUGUACGACUAUGAGGGCCAGGAGUCCUUGGCCGGGUCGGUGGGCUGCUGCAGUCUCCUGGAGAACGAAGACGACCUGUCCUUCCUCAAUGACCUCGGACCCAAGUUUAAGAAGCUGGCCAACAUCUGCCAAGGAUCUGCCAUCGUCACCGACACCGUGGACACCGGCAUUUUCAUCUCCUCCCCCAAACUCCCCGUCUCUCCGGUCAUACCUUCCCCCACACACACACACCUCCACACGCACUCCGAAACAGUGCGCGACCGCGAGCACAUCAGCCUGAACUCCUCCCACGUCCCCGGAACCUCCCACAUCGCCGGGAGUUCCCACCUCACAGGAACCUCCACCCUCAUCAAAGAGCAAAGUCAUCCAGGCGUUUGUGUCAGCAUGCCCACCCAGACCCUGCUCAUCCAACAGCCAACCAUGUACUACGCCGCCACGCCUAUGUACGUGGUGGAGCCCAAGCCUCAGGUGGUGCUGGUGGCGGGGGGUGCGCAGCAGGCGGUCGGACAGGUGGGGGGGCUUGUGCAGGUGGGCGGGCUUCAGAGCUCUCAGGGCGUGGUUCUCGUGGAUAGGCAGGUCGGAUCAUCGGCAUCGGGACAAUCCGUUCGUAACGCUACUACUUCCAGGUCUCAACAGGUGAUUGUGGUGGAAGAGGGGGGUGUGAGGGAGAGAGGCACGCACAGGGUCGUUCACUCAGGGCAGGGUCUGGCGGUCGCGGGGCAGGGGCAGGGGGCGGUUAGCAGUCUAAGUGGAGGAGUUGGUGUGGGAAGUUCUAUUCAAAGCGGGGGAAUCAACAUGACCACUUCUAGUCAUGGUGGGGGAGUCAGAUUGGCCAGUUCUAGUCAUGGUGGGGGAGUCGGAUUGACCGGUUCCGCUGGGUCGAUUGAGGUCGACUUUGGCUUGACUACAGUUCCCAGGGCACAGGGGAGUCAGAGAGUGGUUGUGCAUCAUAAGAAAGUCUCGGUCACUGAAUCCAGAGCAUAG